AUACUGCGUCACACUGGUUUACGCCAUGCAAAUGUUGUUCCGUCCAUUUAUUGACGUAAUUCUCAAGUAACGUUCUACACUUGUAACCUUUGAACUCCCGGAACCGGAUGUUAGUGACGAGAGAAUUAAUGUAAAUUUUGGGCAGGGAGCAGAAGAUCUAUCAUACUUUGAAAUUUAUCUCUGUUUCAUCUCAGCAACGGGUUGUUCCCCAAACACAUUUGAAUAAGUUUGAAUGAAUGACCGACAACAUGCAGGGAACGUCACUUUUCAGCAUCCCAAUACUACUGCGGGCUUGAUAGAUCAUUAGAAUGCGACCAAAUCUUAUAAAGGUAAGCUCGGACCGGAUGACUUAGGUCAGAAACCUCAGGUUGUUCUUGUUUGGCGCAUCUCCAAGCUCCAGCCAGCGAAAGUGUUUCCAAAAAGAAUCAGAGUGAAAGUGAAAUGAAUAAGCCUAAUCUUUAUCACCGGGCUAACGGUGUCCAGCGACGAGAUGCAAAAGAAAUUCUGGACGAGCAUGGGCAUCUUCUGCGGUGGAGAGAAAACGACGAAGAUUCUUUGCUGGACAUUGGCUGCGGCAGUGGUGAUGUGUUGAUCGAUUUCGUGAUUCCGAUCGCGCCACAGAAGCGAUCGCGAGUGCUGGGAACCGAUAUAUCAGAGCAGAUGGUUAGGUUUGCCAGAAAAGUGCAUUCCAACGUUGACAACAUAUUUUUUGAUACUUUGGAUAUUGGAGGCGACAUAUCAUUGUUUCUGAAAAAAUGGGGCUGUUUUGAUCACAUUACAUCGUUUUAUUGUCUGCAUUGGGUGCGGUGCCAAAGAACGGCAUUUUCCAACAUUUAUAACCUUCUGACAUCCAGCGGUGACUGUCUGCUGGGCUUUCUUGCACGAAACCCAAUCUUCGACAUUUACGACCAACUGUCGCUCUCGGGCAAGUGGAGCAAGUAUAUGACAGACGUGGACAAGUUCAUCUCCCCGUACCAGUACUGCGAGAAUCCAGCAGGAGAAAUCGAGGAAAUUCUGUCCUCCGUUGGCUUCACAAAGUACAAAAUUCACAUUGCGGACAAAAUCUACGUGUACGAAGGAAUCGAUAGCUUGAAAAAAGCUGUCCAAGCUGUCAAUCCAUUCAGCGAACGGAUGCCGUUGGAUUUGCAGGAGGAUUUCCUAAACGAUUACAUUGCUGUUGUGCGCAGGAUGUCUCUCAGCGAAAACUGUUGCGGGGAUGAGAACGAUUACAAAUUCAUUACUCCGUACAAGUUGGUGGUGGUUUAUGCAAUGAAGUAGUUGACGGGAUUUCGGGUUAAUUGAUGGCUAAGUAUAUCAAUCAUCGUGCAAGUUUAAUGUCCUUUAGUAUUAAUAUUAAACACUAGAAAAAAGGAACAUAUGAGAAUUGUAACCAGUGAGCACAGUGAAUUACAAUCAAUAGCGUAGAUUUUGAUAAAACUUUGCAAUUUACUCUUCGAUUCAGGCACGGGUUUGUCUCAUUUGUUUUUUUUUGUCUAAGCUUAAAAACACAGCUAUACACAUGUAUGUUGAAAUAUAUGCUUUCAAAUCA